AUGUACCAAGUUGAAGAUUCGGAGCUUUGCAUUGAUGCUGUAUUCUAUUCUGUGAUUUUGCCAGGAACUUCCUAUGAGGAGGCAAAUGCAAAGAAAGAUGAUGAACAAGCAAAAGAAGCCGAAGCAAACAGUGCAGUGAAGCAGGAGGUUAAAACACCAGCACGUGCAAAAGAGGAUCCUGGAGUCUGCCCAGUGGCAGGCGACCAGGAGGCAAGGACACCGAACUCCAAGACAGCAGCAGCACGAGGUCGCAGCGAGGAGCCCCGCACCCCUAAUAAGAGUGCAGGCAAGCUGGGCAGCAACAAAAAGGUCCGCUCAGCAAAGCGCCGAAGGGUGCGAGGCAAGACCCCGGAUGAAAGCGCAGAGACAGCGAAGAGCAAAACUCCAGAAAAGCUUGCAGAAGCCGCCCCGCCAGAGCCGAGCAAGACACCCAAGAGCAAAACGCCGAGUCCAGAAAAGCCUGCAGAAGCCGCCGUGCCAGAGCCCAGCAAGACACCCAAGAGCAAGACGCCGAGUCCAGAAAAGCCUGCAGAAGCCGCCAGUGCAGAGCCAGCAAGCAAAACCCCGAAGAGCAAAACACCGACUCCACAAAAGGCCGCAGAAGCAGACCCCGCAGAGCCAAGCAAGACACCGAAGAGCAAGCUAAGGACAGCUACGCCAGAAAAGCAAGCAGAAGCCGCCAGUGCAGAGCGAACCAAGACACCCAAGAGCAAAACACCGACUCCACAAAAGGAUGCAGGACCCGAGCCCGCAGACCGAAGCAAGACUCCCAAGAGACGCAAGAGCAAAGCAUCGACUACACCGAAGAGCAAAACCCCGAGUCCAGAAAAGCCUGCAGAAGCCGCCAGUGCAGAGCCAAGCAAGACACCCAAGAGCAAAACACCGAGUCCAGCAAAGGCCGAAGAUGGGACCAGCCAGACACCGCGAUCCACGAGCAAAGCAUCCAGGGCCAGUCCGAAGAGCCAGUGCAGUGGAAAGCCAUGGGAUCAGGGUUGGAGUGAAUGGGGUGGCCAGUGGUCCUACCCCUCAUGGAAUGGUACGUGGUCGGGCAAUGAUUGGUACGAGUGGAAGGAGGAAGAUGGUGAGAAGGCUCCUGAGAACAAGGCAGGCAAGAGUGAUGAGAAGGAUCAUGAGAAGAAGGCAAGCAAGAGUGAUGAGAAGGCUCAUGAGAAGGAGGCAAGCAAGAGUGAAAAGGCUGCAGGUGAUCAUGGUGACACAGCGAGUCGGGUGGAUGCCAUCCUACGCCGAGGACAUACAGUGGAUCAGUUGACAACUGAGGAGCUUCACCUGAUCGUUGGCCACAUCGACAAGCAAAAGAAGGCGGAAGGAUCUGAAGAUAAGAAGGAGGAGGUGGAGAAUGAUUCAGAGAAGCCCGAAGAAAGCAAGCCGGCAGCCGGUGAAACAAAGGAGGAACGAAGAAAGCGGCUCCAUGCACGCAACAUGCGGUAUUACAGAAGCCUGGAGAGUAUCAAUUGCCCACCUGAGAUUGCUCGUCUGGCACGAAAGGCAGUGGACGAGCCAGGGCAAAGAAGCUACAUGUUCGAGUCUUGGUUGGCCUCAAACGAGGAUUGGAAAAAAAGCUCUUUGCUGGUGACCCUUCGGCGCAAGGGCUCCAGUGCACGCAAAGGGCUGCGGAAGUGGAUGCUGUAUACCGAGAUGAUCACAAAGUGGGGGGCUGAAAUCGCCCUGGCAAUGAAGGAAUCAAAGGAGAGUGACGAACACAGGAGGAAGAAUGAAAUUCGAGACCACCCCGAUGCUUCACAUCUCAAACAAUAUCUAUGCUUAUGGGAGGCCUCUGAGGAGGAUUUGGACGAGGAAGCCUUUGAAACCGUCUUCUCGGUGGGAGUCGAGGACACAGACAGCUCGUCGUCGAACGAGACAACGAAAAAGAAGAAGAAGAAAAAGACGAAGAAAGCAAAGAAGGCCAAGAAGAGCAAGAAAGCCUCGAGCCCCAGCCCCAAAAAGAGAAGCCCGAAGAAACCCAAGGGAAAAGGCAAGGGAAAGGGUGCCAACAAGAGUGCCAAGGCUUUGACUGCCGAGGAGCAGGAAGUCCAGGAGACCAGAAGCAAUGCCAACAAGGCCCUGAAGAAAGCCAAUGAGAGAAUCAAAGCAGCUACAAAAGUGAAGGACACGAAUGCGAUCGAUGGUGUGGGACCUCAUCUUCUGAAAGCGAUGAAGGACGAUGUGGAAGCCCAGGCCAAUCUGGUGGGUGAAGCCCGCGCAGAGCUGCAGGCUGCAGUGGACCGAGAUGAGGCUGGCUUGAUGGCGGAUGCCACUAGCAAACUGAAUGCUGCUGUGGCGAAGUAUGAUACCAUCCAGAAGGAUCUAGAUUCUCGCGCCAAAGGCACCAAAGGUGGUAAAGAGCGGUCAGACGAUGAGGAUGAUGGUGACGCUGCCAAUGGGCUACUGCAGAACAUCCUGGAACGGGUCUCCAACGGUGCGGAGACUGUGGGCUCUGCUAUGAACAAUGCCCGGGCGAGCUACGAGGAAUCUGGCCGGAGCUUCAAGGGCAAGGUUAUGUCGAAACUCAUGACAUAUCGGCCUGGCAAUGAUUCGCGGGAUUUCUUCAAGAAUGUCAAUGUGCCUCUGGAACCAACAGAAGUGCCAACGACGAUCUACGAGGGCUUUGAGGGAGAUCGCAAAGUGGUUCAUACAACAGUUCCCGUGCUGGAUCCACACGAGCUUUUGGACUUCCUAUAUACAGAGCUCAAACUGGAGUGCCCUAUGUCUAAAGUUCGCGGGUUUUGGCAACACAUGAUUGCCAAUAACUUCCCCUUCGCGCUUCACCAUCCUCACAGAGCUGCUUUGGAGACGAUGCAACCAUUCAGCAUUUAUGGGGAUGAGCUGACAUUGGGGAAGGAUCCCAAGGACAAGGUCACGGGGAUAUUCUUGCAACUGACUCUGUUUAAGCCGAAAGCUGCUAGACAGGGCAUCUGGUUGCUAUGUGCACUGCAGGAUGCAUGCUGUAUCCACGACAAUCUUGCGACUCUGACUCCUGUGUUAGAGCACAUUGUCUGGAGCUGCAAUCAGGCGUGCACUGGUUCAUAUCCAACCGUGUCGAGAACUGGCUCUGCUUUGACUGGACUGAAAGCAAAGAAGGCGGGCCAAAAGUUUUCGGGUGAUACCCGGUGGGUGUGUGCCGAGCUAAAGGGUGACUGGAAGUGGCAUGAGCGCACUUUGCGACUGCUGCGGACCCCGGUGUCCAAGAAGUGCUGCUUUCUGUGUAAUGCCGAAGCAUCCGAUGCCCCACUUCGCUAUUAUGAUGAUGGUGAUGGAGCAGCAUGGAGGCAUACACUGUUUGACACUGCAGACUUUCUUCGGCGGGCUAUUCGGCCUGGACAAGUCAGCCCUCUGACUCUGCUGACGGGCUUCGAUGUAUCCAUGAUCAAGUUUUGCAGCAUGCAUGUCUGCAACCUGGGAUUGGUGCACACAGCAAGUGGCGGUGCAUUGGAAGCUUUGCUACGGGAGGGCCACUUCGGGCCUUACAAUGACCCUGACGAUCUGAAGGCAUUGCUGGAAACAGCCUAUGGCGAGUUUCAGGUUUGGCGCCGGGCCAACAAAAUUGCUUGCUCCCAGCGAUCUUUCGCGCCACGGCAUUUGAAGAAGCGGGUGCAUGGCUACUACCUGACGACCAAAGCUUAUAAUGCCCGCAUCGUGAUGUUGUGGCUGGCAAGCAAAUUGCAAGACGUUGCCCGGCAAGCAGCUGUGAGCCAGAGCAUUCGUGUGCAUGCCACGGCACUGACUGCCUUCUCCAACUGGUUCAGCGGCAAUGAGAAGGCGAAGCGCUUCUUGACCCCGGCCCAAAGCCAAGAAAUUUAUGCCAAUGGAAAGCUCUUUCUCAGAUGCCAUCUGCAAUUGACACGAAUGUCGCAUCGGCUGCAAAUCUUCUCUUGGAUCUUGAAACCGAAGUUUCAUGCCAUGCUCCAUCUCCUGGAGCAAAGCAAAUCAUGGCGUUACAACACACGUUAUACACAUUGCUUUGCUGGUGAAGAUGCAAUGGGCUGGCUCAAACGGGUCAGUCUGCGUGCUCCUCGCAAGCCUGGUGCAUUCAAUCGCUGGGUUAUGCGAAUGGGAAUCUUGAAGAUUGUGGCGUCAAAGCGUCGUUUGACCAGGAUGCUCGGCCACCAGUAUGAUCCUGCCUAA